AUGCUGCAGAGAUACACGACACACCACGUCAUUGCCGACGCUCUGUAUGGCCAAGUCGUGCUGGCCCAAGACACCGCGACGGGCGACAUGGUGGCCAUGAAGAAAAUGGACGUGUUCGCCGCGCGAAAGCACGAACUUGUCCGGGGCGACCACCGCCACGUUGACGAAGACAUUGAGAUAGAGAAACACGUAAAUCGGAUUCUGAGUGCUAACGGCGGCCACCCUCACAUCCUUCGCAUGCGCGCCGACUUCAUUCAAGACGGCUACGACCACAUGAUCUUUGAUUAUUGCGCUGGGGGGGACCUCUUCGACGCGCUCGACCAUGGCCCCCUCCCCCCGCCAGUUGCCCAACGCUACUUUCGCCAGCUUGCCCUUGCAACGUCGUACAUGCACGCCAAGGGGAUCGCCCAUCGCGAUCUGUCCCUUGAAAACGUCCUGCUCCACAACGAUAACUGCUACGUGUGCGACUUUGGGCUGGCUGCAUCGGUGUCUAGUCGGUGCCACGAUGUCGUGGGGAAGCCAUUUUACAUCGCCCCCGAGUCCCUCGCUGGUCGCGAGUAUGACCCUGCCAAGGCAGACGUGUGGUCGUUGGGAGUCAUGCUGUUCAUGAUGCUGACGGCAGUGCCCCUGUGCACGUCAGCCUCCCUCCCCGAUUCACGCUUCUUGUACUUGAAACGUCAUGGCGUGCGGAGGCUCUUGGAAUCGUGGCAUAUCGAAAUGGGACAGGAUGAACUGGACCUCCUCGAGCACAUGCUAUGCGUCAACCCCGACAACCGCUACCGCAUGGACCAAGUGGUCGCUCACGAGUUUGUCCGUGACCGUGUAUUCGAGCGCGUCGACAGCCCCGUGGCAUUAAAAGGCGAUGCGUUCCCCCACAAAGCCACCACGACGUCCAAGGCAUUCGCGAUCGUCCAACGCUUUUUCCAUCGCUCCAUGGGGGGCGCUGCAGUGCUGUAG